GAUACAAACCAGCAGCAUUACUGUCGACAACCGCCAGACUUCCGCCAAGUCACCCCUCCGCCGCCAAACCCAUCGACACCACCAGUUCUCCCGUCGAUUCAGACAAGCAUCAUUCACAAUGGCUGCCGCUGCCGGUGCUCAGAUCUCUAAGAAGAGAAAGUUCGUGGCCGAUGGUGUCUUCUACGCCGAGCUGAACGAGUUCUUCCAGCGCGAGCUGGCCGAGGAGGGCUACUCUGGCGUGGAGGUCCGCGUCACCCCUACCGUGACCGACAUCAUCAUCCGCGCCACCCACACCCAGGAGGUUCUCGGCGAGCAGGGCCGCCGCAUCCGCGAGCUCACCUCGCUCAUCCAGAAGCGCUUCAAGUUCCCCGAGAACAGCGUCUCCCUGUAUGCCGCCAAGGUCCAGAACCGCGGCCUGUCCGCCGUCGCCCAGUGCGAGUCCCUCCGCUACAAGCUCCUCAAUGGCCUCGCCGUCCGCCGCGCCUGCUACGGUGUCCUGCGCUUCAUCAUGGAGUCCGGCGCCAAGGGCUGCGAGGUCGUCGUCUCCGGCAAGCUCCGCGCCGCCCGUGCCAAGUCCAUGAAGUUCACCGACGGCUUCAUGAUCCACUCUGGCCAGCCCGCCCGCGACUUCAUCGACUCUGCCACCCGCCACGUCCUCCUCCGCCAGGGUGUCCUCGGCAUCAAGGUCAAGAUCAUGCGCGGCUCUGACCCCGAGGGCAAGGCCGGCCCCCAGAAGUCCCUCCCCGACGCCGUCACCAUCAUCGAGCCCAAGGAGGAGUCCACCGUCGUCCAGCCCAUGUCCCAGGACUACGGCGCCAAGGCCGCUCAGGCCCAGGCUGCCGCCGAGGCCGCCCGCGCUGCCGAGGAGCAGGAGGGUGCCGAGGCUGCCCCUGCCGAGGAGCAGUAGAUGUGUUUUUCUUUUUUUG